ACCCUGCGAAGCGCGACGUAGCCGGAAGCGGGUGGCGACCGGGUGGGCGGCCGGCGCGCGUCCUCUGUGCAGUUCGCGGCGCGGCAGACCCUGGCCCGACCCCCGCCGAGACCCCCGCCCUAACCCCAGCGCGACCAGGCGCAAAGGAUCUAGCGCCCUGCCCGCACCAUGGCCAGCCCAAGAACCAGGAAAGUUCUUAAGGAAGUUCGGGCGCAAGAUGAAAACAAUGUGUGUUUUGAGUGUGGCGCCUUCAACCCACAGUGGGUGAGCGUGACCUAUGGCAUCUGGAUCUGCCUGGAGUGCUCGGGGAAGCACCGUGGGCUUGGGGUUCACCUCAGCUUCGUCCGCUCUGUCACGAUGGACAAGUGGAAGGACGUGGAGCUGGAGAAAAUGAAGGCGGGCGGGAACGCUCGGUUCCGGGAGUUCCUGGAGUCUCAGGAGGACUACGACCCCUGCUGGUCGCUGCAGGAGAAGUACAACAGCAGGGCUGCUGCCCUCUUCAGGGACCGGGUGGCUGCUCUGGCCGAAGGCAAAGAAUGGUCUCUGGAGUUAUCGCCCGCCCAGAGCUGGACUCCGCCUCAGCCCAGGACACUGCUGUCCUCUGCCCACCGAGCCUCCGGCCAGGUGCAGAACUCCACUGCCUCUGGGGACAAGGCUUUUGAAGACUGGCUGAAUGAUGACCUUGGCUCCUAUCAAGGGGCCCAGGAGAACCGUUACGUGGGGUUUGGGAACACGGUGCCGCCUCCAAAGAGGGAAGACGACUUCCUCAACAGCGCCAUGUCGUCCCUCUACUCGGGCUGGAGCAGCUUUGCUACCGGAGCCAGCAGGUUCGCCUCAGCGGCCAAGGAGGGUGCGACAAAGUUCGGGUCCCAAGCAAGUCAGAAGUUCUGGGGUUCCAAGCAGCAGCCAGAGCUGGCUUCGGAGUUGGGCCACAGUCUGAAUGAGAGUGUCCUCAAACCCGCCCAGGAGAAGGUGAAGGAGGGGAAGAUUUUUGAUGAUGUGUCCAGUGGGUUCUCUGAGUUGGCGUCCAAGGUCCAGGGAGUUGGCAGCCGGGGCUGGCGGGACGUCACUACUUUUUUUUCUGGGAGAGCAGAGGGUUCAUCAGACAGACCCCCAGAGGGCCCAAGCUACCAGAACAGCGGUGGGGACAACUCCCAGAACACCCUCGACCAGAGCUUCUGGGAGUCCUUUGGGAGCACCGACCCUGCCAGGGCCCACCGGUCCCCAAGCAGCGACAGCUGGACAUGUGCGGACGCCUCAGCCGACAAGAGGAGCUCGGACAGCUGGGAUGUGUGGGGCUCGGGCUCUGCGUCCGCGUCCAACAAUAGGAUCAGCGACAACAGCGACGGUGGGGAGGCCUGGGGGGGUGGCGGGGAGGGCCGGGCCAAGGUCGCCAAGAAGGCCACGCCACCACCCACGGUGGACGACGGCUGGGACAACCAGGACUGGUAGGGGCCCGAGGCCAGGUGCAGUGGCCACUCCGCCUCCUCCCUCUUUCCAUUCCACCCAAGAAACGCCGGACGUGCAAGAAGACGGCCUCAGCCGAGACCCAAGAGCCACGUGCCUGUGGGAGUGGGGGCAUUUCUGUGCCCCUGAGCUCGCUUUCCGGGGGACCCAAGCCAGGUGCUGUCGCAGGCAGGGCUCCCUGCUACUGCAGGGCCAGCACACCCAGCCCCUCCCCAGAGAGCUCAGUAAUAAAUGCUCUCCCAGUGUUGCACGCGGCCA